AUAACAUCGCUUCAAUGCUGGAGAAGCACGUCGCGCACUAUUAACACAAUAAAUUGUUGGAACGACCAUUCGUUGAGUUUUAGAAUACGUGAAAGGCUUAUCAUCGAGAGGCAACAAAAGGCCCAUUACACGCUGUCGUUCGACGAAUGAUCGUUGUGAAUAUAAGUCCAAAAACAUCGUGCACCGAUGAAGAAUUGAAAGACAAAAACGUAAUUUGAUUUGCCUGACAAUUUUCCUUUAUUAAUUUUCCUCCACUUGACUUUCGUACGUGUGAUUGCGUUCGGCUGCCGUGCGGUUGCGAGAGAGACGAUGAAGAGCACGGAAGCAGAAGCCAUGGUAGAAGAAAAACACGAAGAGGAAGAAGGACCACCACCUGGGUGGCAAUCUAUUCCCCCUGCAGAGCCAUCGGCACCGCCGCAUCGACCUCCGUCCUCAGAAAUGGCUCAAAUGGUUUGUGGUUCUUGCCGAAGCCUCCUUUCAUAUCCAAGAGGAGCCAGACACGUUCGAUGCUCAUGUUGUCAGAUGGUCAACUUUGUAUUAGAAGCACAUGAGGUUGGGCAAGUUAAUUGUGGUAAAUGCACAGUAUUGCUUAUGUAUCCUUAUGGAGCUUCAUCAGUUCAAUGUUCCUCCUGCCAUUUCGUAACAGAAAUUGGGGUUCACAACAGGAGGCCACCAUGGUCUGUAAUUCAGGGGCACCCUCCCCCAAUUUCAAAUGCUGUUCAGUGAGCGGCCUUCGCGGGGUUCUCAUUCUUAAGACUGCAGGCAGAAUAUGGCACCGCAACUGGAUGGUAUUUACUUCUUCAGAUGAUGGCUUUCCAGCCAGAGAAUGAUUUAUGUGAGAUAAAUUAUUUGAAAGUGCACAUGAACUAGUGGACUCCGAUAAUUUUAUCAAAUUCAUCUUAGAGAUGUAGAAGCUAUGAAGGCUUUGAGUUGCUUUAUUUUGUGCACCCAAUUCAUUUAGGCCAUUUGCUUGCAAAUAACCUACUAUACUGUACAUUUUUUGUCCGGAUCAUUUUUCUGUACCCUCGACAUAAUCUACCAUACUGUACUUUACUUGCAAGCAA